CUAUCGCGGCCGGCGUCUCGGGCGACUUCCAUCUGUGUUAUUCACUCGCGCUCUAUCUCGACUUCCAUCUGCUCUAUCGCGCUCUAUCUCGACUUCGUUGAAGGACCCGCGCGCAACCCCUCAAACAUCUCGAGGUUAGGCACGAGACCGGAGGGCGCGCGCACGGCGUACGGAGAGGGGGCACAGGAAUGCGAGGACAACGCCGUAGUUGGUGAAAGACUGGACGAGGGAGAGGGACUGUUUGCGCACAGGGAACGCCGUGUAGGAACGGAGCCUCUGGACGCAUUCAAGGGCAAAGCACAGGCUUGCAGAGCACACCACGGCACUCACGCCGCUUCGCGACAGCGUCAAGACGCCGGUACAUACAGUCACGGCCGGUACCUCGAGCUUCAAUGCAAGGACCGCGGCGGCUUUGACGCGGCAAAGGCCCUGACGUACGGCCUCGACGAGACCCUUCUCACGUGGUGUUCACGAAUAGCACUCAUCGGCCGCAAAAUCAUGGAGGCUGCAGCCAAGUCCGGGCUGCCUUCGGCCACCAUAUUCACGCAUGCCCGCGACCAUAUGGAUGGCCCAACAGACUGGUACGAUAUGGAUCUCGCCUCCCGGAUUGAGCCCGGCGGCGCGAUCACGACGCUCGGCCACGCGCUGAACAUCCAGAUGACCUACUGCGCCGUCAUGCUCUCGCUCCUCAGCGCGUUUCACUGGGGCUUCCAGUUCGCAGGCUACGGCAAAUACAAAAGGCCUCAACAGGUAUUCCCACCACUUCAUUGGGGCCACGCCCGUCGUGUUCGGCUGUCCACGCUCGGACUGCAGUCCGUGGGAGCGCUGACUGCUCUCUCUCACCACCAUGCCGUUGCUAUCUUCCUCGAGGGCAUGUCGUACUGCAGGCAGUGCGGUUGCAGCGUCGAGCAGGCCCAUGAACAUCUGCCAGCUGAAGAGCGCGGCGCGCGCGUGUGCGGGCAGCCCGAGCUGGUCGCUCUGCAAGGCAUCGAGCAGGACCGCCUGACACGUGGAGAGCGCGCCCUGUGCGCGGGCGCGGGAGAAUGGCAUUCUGCGCGGGCGCGAGAGAGUGGGAUUCUAUGCGGGCGCGAGGGCGAGAGGAGUGUCGAGCGGGAGGGCGGCCGGCCGGGGGAUGCUCGUUUGAGUGGCAAGGACCUGAAUGACUCUAGUAACAACAAACUUCCGGAGCGCGCGCUGUCGAAAGCAGGCGCUCCGAAAGGUGCAGAUGUUCAGCGCGAGGGUGUGAGUGCGGACGAGAGAGAAGAGGAGGUUGCAGGGACGGUAAGGGAGGUUGACGGCUGGCAGGCCAUCGGGAGGCCCGGAGGAGGACAGCGCGCACUCGAUGGGACGGACGUGACACGCCCGAACCGCGCAGCGCGGAAGUCCGCUAGGUGGGCGCGCGAUGUCGCAGCGGGACUCGGUACGGAGCGCGGGGUGGCUGCAACUGGAAAACAUCAGAGAAAAGUGGUUCCACGUCCCCGGAUGAGGGGGCCGCCGUCAGUCGUGUCCACGACCGUGUCGGACGUCGUCGCGGACGCCGAGACUGUGUCAGAUGUCGUCGCGGACGCCGAGACCGCGUCAGACGUUGUUGCGGAUACCGAGACCGUGUCGGACGUCGUCGCGGACACCGAGACCGUGACGGACGUCGUCGCGGAUGCUGGGUUAGGUCAAAACAAGAAAAAAAGAAAUCGAAGUGCUGCCAAAAGGUUAGUGGUGGCAACACAGCGCCGCGCAGAGGCAGCGCACCUUGCAGAGGCAGCGGCGCAGGUCGUGGACUUCGACGGCGCAGUCGACAACGUACCUACCGAUCCGGUAAGCGAUCGCGAAGUCGGAGCUUCCGCGCGUAGACGGCGCGCUCAGCAGUGGGUUGACGACGAGAGCGGAGACGA